UUUCUUGUUCUUUGUAUUUGGCUUAUUUUCUCUUUUGCUUCGUUCUCUUCUUUUCUUUGUGUGAAUCAUUGUUUGUCCCCCUCUAUCUCUCUUACUCUUACCGCUCCUUCUCUCACUGACUCUCUCAACUUUACCUUUCCUGACCCUCCCUCUCUCUCAACUCUCACGGCCACUCUCUCUCUCUCUCUCUCGCCAUGUGUUUUAACAUUUAAGUUCUGGUUGUUAAAUUUUAAUUGUUAUUGUUAGGGUUUUUAGAUUUAGGGUUUGGUUGUUAAAUUUUUGGAAUUUUUUCUUAUGCUAUUUGAAAGAAAAGUUGCUUCUCCGCUUGAGGUUCCACUCAAAACAUCAGGGUGAGGUUCUCUACUUCUCAAGGUCAGAAAGGGGAGAGAAAAGGAGAAAGGUUGAGACAUCGACAUAACGCAGCGAGCAGCUCAUCAUUUCUCCUUUGCUUCCUUCCAAGCCAUAUUACUACAUGGAGGAUCCCAAGGAAACUGUCUGUCAAAGCUACUUUUUUCUGAAGCCUGAAGAAGCAAGUUUCCUUGAGCUCCUUUACCUCCUAUGUUCAUCUGAUGUAGGAAAAAGAAGAUUCAUCGAGAUCGAGUGCUCGGAAGAGGACGUGCACAAGGUCACAGAGGUUAGGCGCAGGUGGGUAAUCUUCAUCUCUGUUGUGCUGCAAUGGAGCUUGCUUUUCUUCAGAGACCCCUUGGCUCGGAUUGGGGACGUGUUCGACAAGUGGCUAAAUGUUAUAUCAGCCAACGGUGGAUUGCUCAUGUUCUUCAUAAACCGGCUAAAAGGAAAGGUGGUGAAGCCAGAUUCAUUAACAUCCGAAUUAUCGGUGGUGGGAAAUGUUGAUUGGCGAAUUGAAUUGGACGUCAACAUCAAACCUGAGGAUGCAAGAUACAAAGGGGCACUGUCCAUGAUGGCUGCUAAAUGGUCGUACGAGAAUGAAGACCUCAUUAAAACAGUUGUCAACGAUCACUGGAAGAUGAAAUUCUUGCGGUUUUACAACUGUUGGAAUGAUUACCUGGGACGACAUUCAACACAAGCUUUCCUGUUCCAAGACACAACAUCUGACCCCAACUUGAUCGUGGUGGCAUUUAGAGGCACCGAACCAUUCGAUGCCGAUGAAUGGAGCACAGAUGUCGACAUCUCAUGGUGCGAGUUCUCUGAAGUCGGCAAGGCACACAGCGGCUUCAUGAAAGCUCUCGGCAUGCAACCAAACUACACCUGGCCCCUUGAGCUCAAAACAGAGCAAGUCAACGUUGACCAACCUCAUCGGUUUGCUUACUACACAAUCAGGAAAAAGCUGAUAGAUUUGUUGCAGGAGAACAAGAGUGCCAAGUUUAUAUUGACAGGCCACAGCUUGGGCGGGGCAUUGGCUGUGAUGUUUGUUGCUGUCCUGGCAAUGCAUGGCUAUGAGAGAGAAUAUGAGUUGUUGAUGGAGAGGUUGGAGGGGGUGUACACUUUUGGACAGCCUAGGGUGGGGGAUGCGAAAUUUGGGGGGUAUAUGAAGGAGAAGCUACAAAAGUAUGGUGUGAGGUAUAUGAGGUAUGUUUACUCCAAUGACUUGGUGCCUAGGAUACCUUAUGAUGAUAAGACUCUCUUCUUUAAGCACUUUGGACCCAGCCUCUAUUUCAACAGCUGCUAUCAAGGAAAGGUUUUGGAGGAGGAACCCAACAAGAACUACUUUAAUCCGUUGUGGGUCAUACCAAAGAGCCUAAAUGCAGUGUGGGAGCUGAUUAGGAGUUUCAUACUUCCUUUGCGAAGGGGCUCGGAGUACAAUGAAGCAUGGUUUAUGAGAGCCCUUAGGGUUGUUGGUUUAAUACUUCCGGGAUUGGUAGCUCAUGCUCCUCAAGAUUAUGUCAAUCUUACACGAUUGGGAUCCCUUCCAUCACUCGCAAACCCUAAUAAUAUUAUUCCUCAAGAAAAUUCUAAGGUCGAUUGAUAUGCAAAGAUUUAUAA